CAACACCAAAACCCAAACGACAACAACAACAAAAAAAAAAAAAAGAUGAAAACCCUAAUCUUGGUCAUCGCCUUGGUCCUAGCCCUAGUGGGUCCCAUGAGGGCGCAAGACCAGCCACAAGACUACGUGGAUGCACACAACCAGGCCCGAGCCGAGGUAGGAGUGGGGCCCAUAGAAUGGGACGAGACGGUGGCCGCCUACGCGCGGGACUACGCCAACCAGCGUAGAGGAGACUGCAGUCUCACCCACUCGAGCGGACCUUACGGAGAGAACAUAGCGUGGGGUGGCGGAGACUUGUCGGGAACCGCCGCCGUGAAAAUGUGGGUGGACGAGAAGGCAGACUACGACUACAACACGAACACGUGUCGUGCUGGGAAGCAGUGCGGACACUAUACUCAGAUUGUGUGGAGAGAUUCGGUGAGGUUGGGUUGUGCCAAAGUGACGUGUGACGACGGCGGAACAUUCAUCACUUGCAACUACGAUCCUCGUGGCAACUUCAUCGGCCAGUGGCCUUACUAAACACAUACAUAUAUAUAUACACAUACGCGAUAUGUGUGUAUAUUUCAAUUAAAAAAAAAAAACCCAUCAAUCUCUCAGAUUUUGAUGAUUACGUUCUCUGCUUUUUAUUGUGUUUUGUGCUAUGUAUUAUACUUGUUGUGAUUGAAUAAUAUGCAUCGCGAUUCUGUACGUGCAUGGCCGUACUGAAUUACGCGU